AUGGAGCCAAACCCCUCACACCACUCCACUGCGGCCAGACCAACCAGCCUACUCGAGCCAGAACCCUGGCUUGAUUCCCUCCUCAGAAUCAAGCAGGCGAUCGAGCUGGAAGGAUUAACCAUUGCGGAUUUUAUCAAUUUGGCAAGUCAAAAGUCGGACUGGGGGUCCACUGGGGCCCCCCGUGAGGCCACACGUAUCGAAAAAACUGUGGAUAUCUACAACUUCAUCGUGAAGAAGAAUAUGACCGUAUUGCGAUUCUUGCAUACUCUACUCAAACCCAAUCAUGUUCAACUCAGACCUUAUCGCACUGAAUGGCUCGCGAAUGAUGACGCGAAGCGAGGUCGUAUCAUCAUCCUCCUCAACAUGAUCAAAGGCAUUGUAUACACUUCUGGAAACGCGGACAACGUCUGGAAAUUAUAUAUUUACAGAGAGUUGGAGGAGCUGGAGAUAUACGCUCCGCCUCCGAGUCCUGACAACGUACCACCUCCAGGGUCUGAUGAGGAUGAAUUGCUUGCGGAUCUGUUGAGCGAGUAA